GUAAUGGCGACAUUGUUGUUGACAUGUUGGCCAUGCAAAACGUCAACCCUUUAUUAAUUUUGCGUAAAUACGGUUAAUUUGAAAUAAACACAGUGUGUUAACACUCCUGAGUUAACUUUUAUUCGUUUAGAAAUGGUUUAAGUGUGGUUUGUAACAAGCCCUAAUCAUGGCUAGGAUUCGUUGGUUGACGAGGACCUCUCGUAUAGUGGCACUAUGCAGUGCUGCCAAUUUUAUAAAUAGUGCAGAUCGAGUUAUAAUGCCCAUUGCUAUUGUCCCCAUGACUGAUAUUUUCCAAUGGAGUCUGCACGCCCAAGGGUGGAUUUUAUCAGCCUUUGCAUUCGGGUAUUUCACUAGUCAAAUAUUAGGCAGUUUCUGGGCCAGCAAAGUGGGGGCUAAGAACGUGCUUAUCUGCAGCGUCCUCUUGUGGAGCAUCGCAACAUUCAUCACCCCUUUCUUGGCCCACAGCGUCACAGCCUUGGUGAACUGUCGCAUAAUUCUAGGCUUUGCUGAAGGUCUCGGUCUUCCGACAAUUUUCCACCUCUUCGCCCACAGCAUCCCCGUGGAGGAACGCUCCCGCGCCUUCAGCUAUCUCCUAGCUUCGGGUUCGGUCGGUCAAACAGUCGCUUCAGUCCUGUGCCCCCAUCUAUCCUGGGAGGCGUGUUUCUACUGGUUCGGUUCGUUUGGGUUCAUCUGGGUGGUUUUGUGGUACUUUGUCUAUCCCGAGGACGCUUUCAGUGCGGAGGAAACCAUCCCGUUGCAUAUGCCCAAAGUGAUAUCCCGGAGCAUCCGCUGGGCCGAUUUCAUCCUCAGUAAACCAUUAUGGGCGAUUUACAUGGCCCAUUUCGCCAUGAAUUGGUCGUCCUACAUCAUCAUGCAAUGGUUGCCUACGUAUCUAGCGCGGUAUUUGGGGGGCAACGCCCACAGUUUGAGUCUGACAGCGGUCCCAUACAUCGUCAACUCGAUUUUCGGGGUGAUUAGCGGUCACGUAGCCGACGGGUUGCUCUUGAAGGGGUGGUCGGUGUUGAAUGUGCGCCGGUUGAUGACCAGUGUGGGGUUAGUGGGGCCGGCGCUCUUCCUGGCGAUUUUCUGUGUCGUGGACCAUCUGCCUUUCGCCGUCAUCCUGGUCAGUAUCUCGAUGGGGCUGUCUGCGAGCAAUUCGGCCGGACAUUUGAGCAAUCACGUAGAUGUCGCCCCCAAUUAUGCCGGGACCACGUUUGCGAUUAGUAACACGAUUGCGACGAUACCGGGGAUUUUGUGUGGUCCGGUGACGGCGUCGUUGGUCACCGCCUACGACGGCAAAUGGAUGAUGGUGUUCCUGGGGGCCACGUUCGUGAAUCUAAUGGGGGCGUUUGUCUAUUUCACGAAUAGUGUGGCCACCCAAGUGUUGUGAAUAUUGUAUAUUGUAGAUAUGACAUGAAUAAAAAAGUGAAAUGUUCGAUUUUAGAAAAAA